ACAGAAGAAGUGCGUCAGUCACUGAACCUGCACAAUGCACCUAAUUUAUCUUAGCACUCAAAUUUCUACCCCCGUGUACAAUGACUUCAAGUCAUCUAGUCAAUUUUCAUUGGUUAAUUCGAUAGCCAGUGUUGACCAAUCACAAUGCGAAUGAACUUUUUUUUAUUUAAUUAAAGAAUCCUUAAAUUUAUUUGUAAUCGGAUUAUAUUCUUCAAGUUAUCACUGAAAGAGUUAGGUGUACUCUGGAAGAUACAUAUAAAUAUUUUUUUUGAAUUAAACCUAACAGGAGAGGGAAAUAAAUUAUUCCAAGGAUGUUAAAAAAGUCUAUCUCAGCAAAACCUCAGCGAUGUUUAUUUAGUUCUCUAGAGAAUACUUUAUGCAUAGAUUCUCAAAAUGACAAUAAUAAAUGUUGUCAAGAGAAAUUAACACAAAUGUGUCAGCAUAGCGUAGAAGACUUUCGUCAACGUUACAAUUUCGAUUUGAAUCUUAUGAAAUCUGUUGAUGAGAAUAACUCAAGCAUCUAUGAAAGUGAUCAAGAAAAUCAGCGUGAGAAUAAUGCACCAACAUGCAAAUGCACGUGUCAUAAUAAUCAUCAAAAGCUUUCACACAAACAAAGAUGGAACUGGGAAGAGUUAGACUGUAGAAAAGUUUACAUCCCUCCAUUCUACUUGAACACUGCAUAUCAUUCAGACACUUAUUUACACUUACAAUCAGAAUCCGCUAAUGGACAAUCAGUCCCACCAAAUACGCCACAUAAAUCUAUGAGGAUGAAAUCAAGACGAACUUAUCAAACCAACAGAUGGGAUUCUGUGGAUUUAUCCACGUCAGAAGAUUCUUUAGUGUCCAGAGAAGUGGGUAGGAAGGUGUCACAUGUAUCAGUUCCAGGAGACUGUAUUUCUCUGCCUUCAUCACCAUCAUCAUCAGCAUUGUCAUUAUCACGACUCCAUGGUGCCCGAAUUCGAAAUCCACUGGAUAAUACUAGUUUGUCCAGUUCAGUGGAAGAUUUGAGUGCUACCCUUGUGAGAAGUCAAAGUGAAGGUAAAUGUGUCCAAACAAAUCGUCUUCAACAUGUCGUGAAUCCAAGAAUCAGUCGAUUUAAUGAUUCUUCUUGUGACAAAAAAUCCAUGAAAACAAUGGGAAUUUCCUUAAAGUCAAGUGGAAAGUGGACUAGUUGUUCCUCUGUUACAAGAAUAUCGAAUUUGAAACAAUUAAAAUUAACGGACAUGUUCCCGGUGAAUAAAACUGUUAAAUCUACAACCUCAUGUAACAACAGUCUACAGACCUCGAAUUAGUCCGCUCCAGGAUACUUUUCGCCUUUGUGAUAGAAGAAGAAUUAUCUCCGUUUAACACACUGAUAUUUCAGUGUAUUACAAAGUGUAAAUAGAAUAUUCUGUACAUACGAAAGAACACAAGAAUCACCUGGAUGAUUUUUCUCCACUUGCUACCUGGAAUUUACUAGUACUCAUUUUCCUUCCCACUUCAUUUUAAACGACGUGAGGUAUUCCAUUUCCACUGAACAUUUGGCAUUAAUUGUUAAUUUACUCAAAAUAAAAUACAAAAAACUCUGAUCAUCAAUUCUUCUAUCUCCAAACAACCAACAUACGCUUAUAUAAG